ACUGUAACUUGAUUUUUAAAAAGUGUAACCGCGCGUGUGCCCUGCGCGCGAUGCCACGUCCUUUCGGGCCGGUGAUCCGGCUGCUGGAACAUGUGACCGCAUUAGUUGCUCACAUGGCCGCCGCGGCGAUCCGUUUUUAGUCGCGGCCGAGCGAGCGAAAGCAUCCGGAGGAGCCGAGGAGCUUUUGCGAGGCUGCACGGCGCCCCAUCCGACACUCAUCAUGGCGAACGUUGGUGGGCAGAAAGUUGUGCUGAUCACCGGCUGCUCCUCCGGCAUUGGCCUGAGAAUCGCCGUCACGCUGGCCAGAGAUGAGAAGCGUUACCAUGUCAUCGCAACCAUGCGGGACCUAAAAAAGAAGAACAAGCUGGUGGAGGCGGCGGGAGACGCAUACGGGAAGAACUUGGUGUUGCUGCCGCUGGACGUGUGCAGCGACGAAUCGGUCGAGCAGUGUAUCAACAGCGUGAAAGACCGUCAUAUCGACAUCUUGAUCAACAACGCAGGCGUGGGCUUGCUGGGCCCCGUGGAGAGCAUCAGCAUCGAUGAGAUGAAGCGAGUGUUCGAGACCAAUUUCUUUGGCGUCGUGCGCAUGAUCAAAGAGGUGAUGCCCGACAUGAAGAAAAGGCGGUCCGGACACAUCGUGGUCAUGAGCAGCGUCAUGGGUCUGCAAGGAGUUGUGUUCAAUGACGUUUACACUGCUUCCAAGUUCGCCAUGGAGGGCUUUUGCGAGAGCAUGGCCGUGCAGCUGAUGAAGUUCAACGUCAGGUUGUCAAUGAUCGAGCCCGGUCCGGUGCACACAGAGUUUGAGACAAAGAUGAUGGAGGACGUGGCCAAGAUGGAAUAUCCGGGCGCGGACGCCGACACGGUUCGUUACUUUAAAGACGUUUACCUGCCGUCGUCGAUCGAUAUCUUCGAAGCCAUGGGUCAGACGCCGGAGGACAUAGCCAAAUGCACUAAGAAGGUGAUCGAGUCGAGCAGCCCCCGAUUCAGGAAUCUGACUAACAGCCUGUACACGCCCAUCGUGGCCCUGAAGUACGCCGACGAGACCGGCGGGCUGUCGGUCAACACUUUCUACAACCUGCUCUUUAAUUUAGGACCUCUGAUGCACAUCACCAUGAGCAUCCUCAAGUGCCUGACGUGCAGCUGCCUGCGCCGGCGCACCCUUUCGCCGAACUGAGGACAAUCCCCUCCCCCACCCUUCUCCCACUGUCAAGCUGGGGUACCGGAAUCAGACAUUAUGCAAAAAGAAGGCACCUUGAUCCGACAGUGUACAGUACAUGCACAGAUACAUAAAUAUAUUUUAUUGAAAAUAAGAAGAGGCAGAGCUUUAGUCAUCACUGCAGCAUGGGAUGAACUUGAGGAAACGCACAAAGUCCCCCGGACGCUCGACAAAGCACAACGGUAGACUCAGCCGCAAAGAGAAGCAAAGUCAUUAUUAUUAUGAUUAUAAUAAUUCAAAAUAAUGCUAACGCAUAGCCUAGCAUACCAAGAAUAAAUCGUAUUGCGUGGCACACCUGAUGUCACCUUGGUCAUAACUGCUGUGUAAUCAUAAUUUUGAUGAAUUUCGAUCAUGUCGCUUUUUAAAGGCAGAGCGCGUAUUUCUUAAAAAUUUCAUACCGAUUUUUUUUUUUUUUUGUAAUAAAAAAAAAUAUGAUUUACCCUUUCAAAGCAUAUUUGUCCACACGGUACUUCAGAUUGUCCGGUUGCAUUGCUGUGAAGCUCCUGUUUGAGCGAUAGAGGGCAGUAUUUCACAGCCUUUACCCAUGAGAGCCACCAUCAGCCAGUGGACAGAUCCAUAAAUGUGCAUGUCCAACAAAAAUCACGAUAAUAUUCUGUAAAUACAAAAUGAUAACUCGCGAGUUCCCUUCUGGGCACUCAAGGACAUUUUACAAGAUGUGAAUAUUAACAGUAGCCACGGGUAGAAACCUAAUAAGAUAAGAUAUCCUUUAUUCGUCCCACACUGGGGAAAUUUACAAUGUGAUCAAAAUGGCACUGUUGAUUGGAUACAAUUUGCAUUCAAAUGGAUCCUGAUUGUAAA